AUGGGAGAGAACAAGGCGUCCUACGUGACGAAAGACAUGCUUGGCAAGGUCCCAGACUCGGAUCAACAAGAGCUGGAGGAGCUGAAGGGAGGGUUGAGUGACGCUGCUGGUGGAGCGCUGCAGAAUCCGCUGGGGAAGUUUGCUGGGGAUGCCGCGGAUGAUGCUACUAGGCCUGCUACGGGUCGUUGA